CUCACAGAGAGCGUGCGUUGGUGUAUAACGGGACUUCCAGUGGCCGCUACGGUGCCGGUCACAACGCGGAAAGAGCUCGCCACGAGCAAGCGCUCGUGUCUAUGCUGCCUGCAACUGUCGCGAGGCCCCAUUUCGUGAGUGCCUGACUUCAACAUUUGUCACAUACUCCCCAAAAAGUUGCCGGGAAAACUACCGCCAGCAACGUCUCGGUUAUACACUGGCCUCUGCUUCGCAAGCGUGCAGCCGAAACGGCAGGUCCUCCUAAGUAAACGGAUUUUGGCGGUACCGCCCCGAGAAGCUGCAGCCCACCGAAAGAACGCCCGCCGAUCGGUCGUGUGAAAGCUGCACCGCCACUUGAUUUCGGCGAGGCUUGAGCCAUUGUUGAAGGUUGAACUUGUCCGCUACAAGACGUUACCUCCGUUGCCGUUUGUGACUGAAGCGUCAACGAUUUUCCCCUGACAAUGCCUGUGGAGCGCGUCGAAUUGUCGUCCACGUGCUCGUGCCCUGCAAUGGAACCUCUCUACUUGGGCGAAAGGAGUCUUCCGGUUAGACUUUUGACUUGAGCUAAGUCUGGACGUGCCACUGAGGGCGAAACGUAAGUUUGCCAGGCGAGAGUGUCGGUGCGUUUGUCUGCUUCGUGACUCGAAAGAUUCCUGCCGCCAAUUAACACGCCUCAGACUGUGGCAACGGGUCGUUUCGGAAGCGUGUGAAAGUUCUUUGUCGAUGCUCAUCGGGCCUCCCAUUGUGCUCUGUGGAAGAAAUCGCUCAGUGCUCGAGCUGAGCCCGCAGCCAAGUAAACUUCAAGUUGCGAGGGUAUAAGAGACGUUUGGCUCGACCACCUGUCUACACUGAAAGUGUCUGCAACCGACCGGCGGAUCGAGGCGCCGGUAUUGAAACUCGAGCAACUUCACCGGUUGGCCGCUACGUGGUGGAUCGCCGCUCCAAGCUGAGAGAGACCUCCCGAAUCCGGUUUUCUGUCGGCGCGCGUGGGAGCCAAGCCGCCGUGUUGCUUUUGAUUCAACGAGUGCGCGACGGAAGAGCAAAGGAAAACCGAGUACGCAAACCGGACUGUCCUGCCAACGCUGUGAAAAGUGGGUCGCGCCGUGGACGGAUGAAGUUAGCGCCAACGAGUUGAGAGUUCGCGACAGCGCAGCGAGGUGGAGCCACUGCCGUUGAAUCUCCCGAUGCUGCGUCUGGAGUCGUCUGCUUCGUGCGAACAACGAUCCAGAUGCCGCGCGCGGCGGAGACUGGCUCGCCGAAGUCGUCUCUGGAGCGCCGCGAGGCUACGUCACUGCCCGUCGUGCUGGCGCUGUUCGCGGUGUCGACGUUCACGGACGUCAGCAAGAUGAUCUGCAGCUACUCGCUUCGCUACCACAACGACGGUGCCUACCCGAUGAACCAGUCGCUCAUGGUGGCGCUGACCGAGGUGGUCAAGUGCGUGCUCGUGGCCGUCGCGCACGUGGUCACGAGUGGCUCUCUGCGCAUGCGCCCAUCGGUCAAGUUCCUGCUGCCCUCGCUCAUCUACAUGCUCACGAACAACAUCUUCUUCUUCGCGCUGAACUACGUGACGCCCGCGGUGUGGCUCGUGUUUACCCAGUGCAGGAUCUUCCUCACGCUGCUCGUGUACAAGUACCCGUUCGGCAGACACGUGACCCGAGCGCAGUGGACUGCUGGCGCCCUCAUCGUGGUGGCCGUGGUGGGCAGCCAGGCGGACGCCCUGAUCAGCCAUGCGCGGUCCGCAUCAGUGGCCACAGCCCUGGCGCUGGCACUGCUCUGCGGGUCCCUCUCCACUGUGGCGGCUGUCUACACAGAGUACUUCUUUAAGAACGACAGUCGCACCAUUUGGGAGCAGCAGUUCCAGAUGUACUUCGGCACCGCCUUCAUCUCCGGCGCAGCUGCUUUGUUUUCCACAGAGUCACUCGUCUCCACAGACGAGCUGACCGGCCGGGUGCGGAAUUUCCUGGUCGCCACCGUGGUGUUCAGCGCCGCGUACGGCCUGUGCGUGGCGCUUGUUGUGACGCGGCUCGACAACGUGGUCAAGUACCACCUGUCGGCCACUUCCAGCGUGCUCAACACGAUCGCCUCGGCCGCCCUGUUCCCGGACCAGUUCCGCGUCACGCCGGUUUACGUCGUCUCGUUCGUCGUGCUGAUGGUGGCCAUCUACCUUUACGAGAAGAAGAGCUUCGCGCUGCCCGACUGCUUAGACCGCUGGCGUCACGACAGCUCCAAGCGUGUCGGCCUGACGACAGUGUCAGUUACAGGCGAUGACCCCUACGACGCCGAGGACGUUGACAACGAGAAGGUGCCACUUGUCGAAUCGGGUCGAGCCUGACUGUGACGUGAUGCGGACAACCCAAGUCUUGUAUGGUGUGCUGUGACAUUAACCCUUCAUCAUCAUGUUGUUCACUGGUCUUGUUGGAUAAUCAUUCACUGGCCUAUUUUAAUUACACAUUCAUCUAAUCGUAA